AUGCAGUUCAUUAUAAAUAACUGGAAGUCUCGCGUAGGAGGUCCUGUGGAUGCCAGUGCUUUUUUGAAAUCGUUGAGAUCUCCUCGUUCACUAGCAAAAGAAAAGGAAAUGCUAAUCGAUUUGUUUGACGACUGGGAUGUCCUUACCAACACCUGGUUUGAGGUGGCGGAUUGCGCCAGUUUCAUCGAAGAGCUUUCUGAGAACAAAGAUUUUCCGGCACGCCAAAAAGCUGCACUCCUUGCAUCGAAGGUCGCCUUUUGCUUGGAAGACUACGAAAACGCGCUGAACUUCGCUUUAGCUGCUGAUACUCAUUUUAAACUAACUCCUAGGCCAAAGUCUAAAACUGUUGGAGAUAAGGAUGAUGAGUACGUCAACAAAAUCAUCGAAAUCGCUAUCGAUUCCUAUAAGCGUAUCAAAAACAACGGUGAAAAAAUGGAUAGUCGCUUGGAAGCACUAAUUAAUAGGAUUUUCCAGAGAAAUCUUGAGAAGGUUUACUUGCAGAAUGAGCUUUUGUAUGUUAUCGGACUCGCGCUAGAUACUCUUCUCCUGCUUGAAACCAUACAAAAGGUCACUGGUGCCAAGAUGGAUGUGCAACUACGUACUCAGUUACUCGACGUCCUAGUGAAGUUGUUCACCAGCAACAAACAUGCCGAUUUUGUUGCUAUUUGUCAGUGUCUCAUCAAGUUGAACCGGCCGGAGGAUAUUGGCAGACUUCUCGAUAGGCUCAUGUCUCACGCGAACGGUGACCUCAUCGCGUAUCAAAUUGCCUUCGAUUUAUACGAGAACGCCUCUCAGCAGUUCAACACCCAAGUGUUGAAUACCUACGCUAGUUUUCACCAACCAUCCCCAAGUACUCCAACGGUGAAAAAAGAAAGCGAUUCCGCUCCAACUGGCGAAGCUCCUAAAGAAGAGAAGGAAGGAACACCGAAACCGGAAGAGUCUGCUCCAAUGGCUCGCCUUAAAGCGAUUCUACGUGGUGAAGAAACAGUAAAGCACCAUAUGCAGUUCCUCAUCAAGAAUAACCACACAGACAUGCUGAUUCUGAAGGAAAUGAAGGACUGUGUGAGAACGGCUACCGCACAUAAUGCUACUUUAAUGUCGAACGGUCUUAUGCAUCUUGGAACAACAUGCGAUGAUUUUCUGCGAGAUAAUCUCGACUGGAUUAGCAAAGCUACAAAUUGGAACAAAUUUAAUGCUGUAGCCACCCUAGGACUUAUUCACAAGGGCCACGAAUCAGCAGCGAUGAAGCUUCUAGACCCGUACCUUCCAAAAACAGAACCUGAUCAGUACGGAUUCAAAGAAGGCGGUUCAUUGUUCGCUCUUGGUCUUAUUCAUGCCAAUCACGGAACUGCUGACUGUGUUAAGUAUCUUCGAGAGCAGUUGUCGGCUGCACAGACAUCAGCAGUCCGUCACGGAGCGUGUCUCGGGCUUGGACUUGCUGCUAUGGGAACACAAAAUCAAGAUGUAUAUCUACAACUUCGUGAUGCCCUUUAUUUGGACGAUGCUGUUUCGGGAGAAGCAGCAGGACUCGCAAUGGGACUGGUGAUGGUUGGCAGUUUGAACUCUGCUGCAUUCCAAGAUAUGGUACAGUACACUUGCGACACUCAACACGAUAAAAUUCAACGAGGAUUGCGAACAGGAAUCUCCUUGUUGGCCUAUGGUCGGCAAGAUGAGGCUGAGUCUUUCAUAGCCCAGUUGGUUGAUGUCAAGAGCAAUGCUAUGCUACGGUCGACAGGAAUAGCGAUGAUGUCAAUGGCUUACGUUGGCAGUGGACGUGCGAACGUUGUUUCGCGACUUCUGGAGAAGGUAGCUACCGACCCAAACAACGACGUGAAGAGAUUCGCUGUGAUGGGAAUUGGGUUCCUGUUGAGCAACAACCCCGCGAUCUGCAAAGAUUACGUUGGGAUGCUUGUCGAACAUUUCAAUAGCCAUGUUCGAUACGGAGCUGCUAUGGCUUUGGGAAUAGCUUGCGCUGGAACAGGAUAUAAGGAAGCGAUAUCCCUACUAGAGCCUCUACUUUCUGCAAAAGAGAACUACGUUCGACAGGGUGCUGUUAUUGCCCUUUCAUUUAUCUACGUACAGCAGACCGACGUCGGUUGCCCAAAGGUCGGCGAGUUCCGCAAACAGUUGACUAAAAUGACUACAGAGAAAGGUGAAGAUUCGAUGGCUAAAUUUGGAGCGAUCAUUGCCCAGGGUAUUCUUGAUGUCGGUGGCCGUAAUAUGACUAUUGCCCUCCAUAAUCGCUCCGGCACAAUCGACAUGGGAGGCGUUGUCGGUAUGAUGGCAUUCCAACAGUUCUGGUAUUGGCACUCCAUGGUUCCAUUUAUUUCGCUGGCGUGUAAGCCAACUUGCCUGAUAGCGCUUACGAAGGAUCUGCAGAUGCCUAAAAUUGAGUUCAAGUGCAACGCCCGAGCAUCAUUAUUUGCGUACCCUCCACCGCUUGAAUCGAAGAAAAAGGAAGAACAUGAGAAGGUGGAGACCGCUGUUCUCUCCAUCACCCACAAGAAAAAGCCGGCCAAGAAGGGUGAAGAGAAGAUGGAAGUGGAUGAGGAACCGAAGCCAGCAAAGGAAGAAGAAAAGAAACCUGUGCCCGAUAACGAGCCACCCACGCACACCAUCGAGAAUCCUGCUAGGGUAGUACGCCUACAAUUGAAAACACUUUCGAUGAUGGAAAAUUCGAGGUAUAAGCCUGUGAAGUCAGUCACCUAUGGUGGUAUCAUCAUGUUACUGGAUAGGACACCGGAUCAGAAAGCUGAGCUUGUGGUUCAGGCCGUGGCCGGAGGUACAACAUUGGACCCUGCAGCUCCCGAGAAGCAGCCGCACUCCACAUUCGAGAUAGAUCUCAAGGAUUACUAA